AUGGGUCAACUCUUGUCACAUCCGGUAGAGGAGAAGUCCAUAGAUUUUCGGGAGCAUUCGACCAUUUCUUAUGCCAUAGGCUCGAUGCAAGGCUAUAGAAUGACCAUGGAAGAUGCCCAUGAUGUCAGGGUUUCCGAUGAUGAAAAUCUUGCCGUGUUUGGCGUGUUUGAUGGUCACGGUGGUAAGGAGAUUGCCGAGAUCUUGAAGGGGAAAUUAGUGGCAACUAUCUUCCGAACGCUCUCUGCAACAAUCAAGAAAAACAAAGAGACAGAGUUGCUGACAUACAUCCGCCUCAUCAAGGAUUGCUUCUUUCAAGUGGAUGCCGGGCUCCCGGAGUCGGAUGCCGCUAACUGUGGCAGCACUGCUAUUAUUACUACUAUUAUCGCCAAAAAGUACGUCAUUGUGGCCAAUACUGGUGACUCCAGAUCCAUUCUUUCGCUUAAAGGUGGCUUGCUGAAGAAUCUCUCGUUUGACCACAAACCUUCUACAAUGGGUGAACGUGUUCGUAUCGAGAACAGCGGCGGUUAUGUCAUCAAUGGAAGAGUGAACGAGGUUUUGGCCUUGUCUCGUGCUUUCGGAGACUUCAACUUCAAGUUGCCUUUGCUCUCGCUUAACCCAUCUGAACGUCACAAUGCAUACCUAGAACAAAACCGGAAGCUUAUCAAAGACAAUUUGGUUGCUCUCCCUCCUGAGCUCUAUCAGGUCAGCGUUGAGCCUGAUGUUCUUGUUUACGAUCUAAAGUUCUUGAGUGAGCCUGAGUUCAUUGUAUUGGCAUGCGACGGUAUCUGGGAUUGCUACACAAAUGAUCAAUUGAUACGUCUUAUUCGCAAACGAUUACGGGACGGUUGGAAUUUGCAACAUAUCAGUGAGUAUGUGCUCAAUGACUGUAUCAGCAUGGCAAACAAUAUCACAGGAAUUGGCUUUGACAACAUGACGUUGAUGAUUGUUGCGCUACAUACCAAUGGCUCGCUUGAACAGUGGGGACAACAAUUCAAGAAGUGA